ACGAUCGAGGAGCGGAGGACUUGGCACACCAAGCCGUCUCGCUUCCUCGCGGAAUCCCGGCGGCGCCAGCAAGCUCCGGUCAUCGAUGAUCAUCCCAUGAUCAUACCCAAGCAGAGCUUCACUCCGCGAGCACCUUAUCUCCUCAAGUGGGAUUGCGGCAGCUUGCUCUUCGAUUCGUACGAGCUGGUCGCGCUCUCCACGCAGCUGGACCGGGAUCUCACCGGAGUCUCGCCCACAGCUUGCUCGCUCAAGGCCCGGGAAACUCAUGCUAUCCAGGAAGUUCAGGGAGAAAUCGAUUGCGAUUGCCAGCACGAGGAGAUUGGUUUUCAAGAUGCCCAAGACGAAGGGGAAGACAACGAUGGCGAUGAGGAAAUCGCGAGCUGCGGCAAAGCCAUGGGCUGUUUGCCCCUGUUCGUGCAGGGGAGAAGGAGAGGUAGCCUCCUGUCGAGAGCUACGCAUCAAUCGCUACGGUUGGUGUCGUGUGUGUCCAGCUAGAAAACUUAUAAGAAAACGUGAAGCUCCAGAUUUAGGGUUCUUGAGUGAAAACGGUCAUUUAAGAGAGGCAAGCCGAGCAAAAGCUCUGGCUAUGGCGGACGCUUGGAGCAUCCGGAGAGUCUACUUGGCGCUCUACAACUGCAUUCUUUGUGCUGGGUGGGCUUCCGUGCUUGUUCGGGCUCUCGCGGCCUUGAACGGAGCCGGCUACUCUGCUGUCUAUGACUCCAUUGAAUUGCCCCUCCAGCUCUCGCAAACCGCAGCGAUCCUCGAGAUAAUCAACAGCCUCGCUGGGAUUGUGCGCUCGCCCGUCAGUGCAACUCUGCCUCAGAUCUCUUCACGCCUCUUCGUUACGUGGGGUGUUCUCUGGAGUUUCCCAGAGACGAGGUCGCAUUGGCUUGUGACGCUUCUCGUUCUCAGCUGGUCAGUAACAGAGGUAAUUCGCUACUCGUUUUUCGCUGCAAAGGAGGCUUUUGGCUUGACACCCGGUUUUCUGCAUUGGCUACGGUACAGCACUUUCUUCGUCUUGUAUCCAACCGGAAUCUCUGGCGAAGUUGGUCUCACCAUGCUUGCUCUGUCUCACAUGAAGUCCUCGAAGAAGUACUCGAUCGAGAUGCCCAACGCCUUCAACUUCGCGUUUUCAUACUACUACACGUCCCUGCUCGUGCUUUUGCUCUACGUUCCAGGUGUCCCUUUUCUCUACACGUACAUGAUCGGCCAGCGCAAGAAGAGCUUGGCCAGGACAAGCAAGAAAGUUGCCUAGAGCGCUCAAGCUUUUUGUCUGUGGUGUUCUAACUUCCAUUUGUUUGAAAGCUCUAUACCCA